UUCUAUUUUUCAUUCUCUCUCUCUUUCUCUCUCUACGUCGCGCGCCCUCCAUUUUUGCACCCUCGCUCCUGCCUGCAACUGCAAAGGAAGAGUUCCCAUGCUCCAUGGAAAAUUGAUUCUUCCGAGAAAGUUGGAAGGCAAUCCAUCGUUUUUCUUUCUUCAGUCAGCUCUUCCAUCUCCAUCUCUCUCGCCAUUCUCUCUGGGUUCCAUUUUCCCGGGAAGAAAUUGGCUCCGUCCCCAGCUCCCCCUUCCCCUCGAUUAGGUUGUGUUUUGGAAGAAGCUGGCGUUAUUUGUUGAUCUGGUGGGGUUAGAAGGACAGGGGAGGGUCAUCACUCGAGGUGUUCAUAUCAAUAGAGGGGGAUUUGACGGUUCGACGGGAAAGAAAAUAUCGAGAGAGAGGAAUUCGAGGGGCCAGAAUCUGCUCCAGGGGUUGUUUCUGUUAUGUUUGAUUGUUGCCUGUUUUAUGGAUUCAGAAAAAAUUCCCUCUUCCGCAGAUGCGGUCCGGUGUUGCAAUUGUGGCUGUAGUGGUUGUUCAAUUUACGGGUGUUCGGGGACUUGGCUUCGCUCGGUGAAACGCAAGUACGAUGAGUUCGAGCAGGAGAAGUUUUAUAUUCCUGGGCUGGCCUAUGAUUCCAUCGCCAGAGUUCAGGUCGAGAAUGAGAUUGUUGCCCUCAGGGAGAUGGUUAGUAGCCAGCAGCAGGCUAUACAGGAUUUACUUUCAGAGCUGGAAGAAGAGAGGAAUGCGUCUUCCACCGCUGCAAAUGAAGCCAUGUCGAUGAUCCUGAGGCUGCAGAGGGAGAAGGCGGAGGUGCAAAUGGAAGCACGACAGUUCAAGCGAUUUGCGGAGGAGAAGAUGGGGCAUGAUCAGCAGGAGAUCAUGGCUUUGGAGGAAGUGCUUUACAAGAGGGAGCAGGCUAUUCAAUCUCUGACAUGUGAGGUUCAGGCUUACAAGCACAGGAUGAUGAGUUACGGGCUCACAGAGGCAGAGGCUGACGGUGAAAACAGCCGUAGCAGGACCAAUGAGGAUAGCUUGGAUAGCUUGUAUGACCUCCCAACCUAUGAAUACCCUCCUCUAAAAUGCAACACGAAUGAGAAUCCCGGUAAUUUAGAGGAGGGCGAGGACAAUGUUGUGGACAUUGAAAAGUAUGCAUUUGGGGAGACCCCUCGAGAUCAUCUAAAGAAUUUGGAGUUCCGCAUUUACCAGAUGGAGAGAAAUCCGAGCAGCAUUCAGUUCAACAGCGAAUCUCCCAGUGCGAGGAAUAUCCCAGAGAAGAUUAUAGUAGGUCUAUCUCCUCGAAGACCGAGGCAUCAAAGAAGGUUUUCCGCUGAUAGUUCGAGCUCUUUUUUCGGGACAGGCAGAGACGUUGGCUCCGAUUUGCCCACUGAAUCUCCGAGGCUCACUAAUGCUAGCUUCAAGAAGAUGGACUACGUCUCACAGCCUGAAGAAUACUCAAAGUUGAGAAAGAUGAAUGAUAUAUCAGAAGCUGGAGAUGACAUGAGCGACAGAAUUUACACGGUCGAUUCCAUACAUACUCGGGUGCCAAACUCCACUGGUGGUAUUGGGAUCUGUGAAGAUUACAUCACUACACCAAGGAAUUCUUGGGCCCACACAGACAUUGGGGAUCCUGACAUCAAGAAGCUAUAUGCGAGGCUUCAAGCUCUUGAGGCUGACAGGGAGUCGAUGAGGCACACAAUCAUGUCUAUGCAGACUGAUAAAGCUCAGCUUCUGUUACUUAAGGAAAUAGCGCAACACUUGUGUAAGGAUGUUCCAGCUGAAAGACCCACCCCUGCGAAGACAUCUUCUCUGAGAAAAUUCUCAAUUGGGUCAAUGUUUAAGUGGAUGGGGUCCUUCAUCUUCUGGAGGAAGAGAGCUCAACAAAGCAAGUACAUGUUCGGGCUCUCACCUCGCAAUAUGGGAUUGCUGAUGAUUCUAGACAAGAGCCCCCAAACAAGGCAGAGGAAGCUCCUGACAAGAACCAUUACAAAAGCUCGAGUCUGAAACUUCAAUUUGAUGCGAAGCCUCUUCUCCAAUGUGAUUCCAUACCAAUCGUUUUCCUGUCACACUGCUCAUUAGGCUUUUCAAUUCCUUUUUUUAUUUUUUUUCUCCGGUGGAUUUAUUGCUACUGCAUUGGGUGUUCUCGCGGCGGCGUUACAUAUAAUGUUGAGGGUUUUAGCAUUUGAGCUUGCAACUAAACUAGUGAAACGUGGAUAUAAUGUAGCUCUAAGUGCUCAUAUGUGUUCAAAUUGUUUGUCAAUUAUGAGGUACGUUCUUGGAUUGACCUCUGUACAAUAGUUGUUCCUUGUAUUUGGUCCUUUGGGCAAAUGAGAAAUAUGUAAUGUAAUAUUUUUACUUGUUAUCAACUAUGAGGAUGUGAUGUCCCGCUUUACGCCA